GCCGCCCAAGAGAGCUUCGAGAGGUUGGGAGAAUAUGCGGCAUCUCCAGCGCUGGAUCGAUAUUCAUGAUCGAGUGGUUUCGAUUGCGGUCUUGGGGAAAGGUCUGCUCUUCCGGGUAAGAUUGGAAUUUGCACAGAACUGACUCACUGGGACCUUCUGCGCAUCCAGCGGUGCUCGAGUGCGCGUAGGACAGCUCUGGUGCAUCAUCCAACUGUUAUGGUCUGAUUUUCUCGCUGCCGUCUGCGAGCCUUGGCAUCUGUGAGCUGAUCCUUGGUGCUUCUCAGUGCUGGCCCGGAAGCUUGUGGAGCUCGCUCAGAAAAAUAGAAGCGGUUUGGCCAGCGGCAAACGGCCUCGCACUCCUGGCGCCAUUCUCACCCCACGCCGGCCGGGCGGUCGGACUGUCGGUUAUGCCCCGGAGCACCUCCACCAUCUCCCCGCGCCGCCGUUCGCUACCUCGUUCCGAGCAUCGGACUCCCGCGGGACACCUCGGAUGCACCUGCCAACGGGCUUGCAUUUGGAAUGGUGGCAUCUGCAGACCGUGUCGCAGACCUGAUGAGUCCCAAACGAGUAACACCUCGAGAUCUCCCUCCCUGGCGCCAAUGUACCCCAUCGCGCUAACUCACAUGCACCGCGAGGCUUCCCCGGACCCGCAAUCCCCAGAGAAGCCAAGACCCGGACUGCUGGGCUUGCCCGGCCCUGCAUGCUCCACACCUCCCGCGGCGUUCUCGAACCUCACCGGCCCCCGUCUUUACAUAAAACGGCGGUCAGCCCAGCAGCUCCAGCAAGCCACACCCGGAUUCGGGGUCGAGCAUGACGGAAGGCCAAGCAAAACCGAUCUUCCCCUUCUUUUGCCGAUGGCCAUAUACGAAAUGGCCGCCCUUUUUUUGCACCACAUACAUGCAUAAAAGAGAGGGGUGAGCAUGACGAUCGCAAGCAGUUCCCUAUGGAGUUGGCCCAGCACGUUGGAGUGGUGGGCAGUUAAUUUCUUCAUACCAGGUCAGUGGCCACUGACCGAGGAAGACACGACAGCUGCGGGCACCUUUUACCUCGGCCUUCAUGCAACCUUGCUUCAUAUGAGAGGAGAAGACACGGAACCCAAGCCAUC